GAAAAGAUCAAAAGCCAACUAAUAAGUAGGCAUUAUAGUAAGCAGAAAGAAGUGGCAGAGCAAUGGCAUGGGCCUAUAUGCCCCAAGAUCAGGAAGAAAGUACUGAAAAAUGCAGAUAUGGCAAACACAUGUUAUGUUUUGCCAGCCGGGAAAGGGAUUUUUCAGGUGGAAGAUAGGAAUUUCAAGUACAUUGUUGACCUUAGUGCUAAACAUUGUGACUGCAGGAGAUGGGAUCUGACAGGCAUCCCUUGUAACCAUGCUAUCUCAUGCUUAAGGAGUGAGAGAAUUAGUGCUGAGUCAAUUCUUCCACCCUGCUAUAGUUUAGAAGCAUUCUCCAGAGCAUAUGCAUUUAACAUUUGGCCCUACAAUGAUAUGACUAAGUGGGUUCAGGUGAAUGGGCCAGAAGUGAAGCCUCCAAUAUAUGAGAAAAAGGUUGGCAGACCACCUAAGUCUAGGAGGAAAGCACCACAUGAGGUACAGGGAAAAAAUGGGCCUAAAAUGUCCAAGCAUGGUGUGGAGAUGCACUGCUCUUUCUGCAAAGAGCCUAGACAUAACAAGAAAGGGUGCCCACUGAGAAAGGCUAGACUCAGACCCAAACUGAAGACAAGUAGGAUCCCAGCUGCAAGUUCUACAAAAGAGUGGCAUGAAUCUAAGCAAGAACCAGCAGAGGUGCUGACCCAAUCUCAGUCUGCAUAUGACCAAUUACUAUCACAAGUUCCUAAUCCUGUGGUUACACAGAUGUUUGAGGAAUCAUCACAAGUUAGUCAAAUGGAAACUACACAUGGUCCUCUCCCAGAUAACCAGUACAUCCUUUCAAACCAGCCAGCUGUAGUAUCUACCCCUAUGACCACAGCAACAAAAGAGGGAAAAUCUAGGGCCAACAAAAGGAAGUGUACAACUGAAGGAGUAUCAGGAGUUGCUGCUACUACUUCAAAGAACAGAGCUCCCAGGAAGAAAGCUACUGCUACAAACAAGUGAUAUGUGUUAGACCAUAUGUUUGAUGGUCCUUUAGUGCUAGUAGUACUUUGUUAUGCCAAAAUUUGAACCCUGUAUGGAUUUCAUGGGCAUGCUUGCUUGAUUUUGUGUUGCCAAACUUGUGGCUAUUUUGUGAUAGAACAUGGGAAUUUUGUGAUGCCAGACAUGUGUUCACUGAAUGUAGUACUAGAAAUACUACUAAAUGCCAGAAAUUUGGUAUUGUGAUGAA